GUCCCAACACCAAUUUCUCAACAACAAGGAAUAUUCACUAUGAAACCCACACUAUGCAAUCUUCCGCUGGGAGUUUUUCUCAUGAUUUUCAAGGAAUUACCCGCAUUGGAUAUCCAGACCUUCCGCUCUGUCAACAAAUACCUCUCAUAUUUUGCGACCCAAAGCAUUUUUAAAUAUGUUACGGUGACCCCAAAUGAGUUAAGCAUAUUGAGCUUGGCGUUGCGUCAAGCUGUAUACAGCUUAAACAUUCAAUUCAAUAUGCCCGAAUGUGAGGAAUCCAUUCGAAGCCACCCGUUCCGACACGCGGAUCGCCUAAGACGAUUCGAACAACAGUUGGACCCUAAAAAAUGGCCCGCCCUGAACCACUUGCAUUUUUCGGAACAUCAGUAUGAUGAACCGACACGCAACGAAUCAAUCCCAGAAUUUUUCAAAAGUGCCGUUAAUUCAUUUGGGGAAGGCGCGUAUCACAUUGAGAAACUCUCGUUUGGCGAACCUGAGAAGGUCGGCUGGGGCAUUUGUGAACUGCUUACGAAUCUCCGCGACCCACACGCAAUUGGAAGCGCUUUUAGACAUGUCAAAGAAUUAUGUUUAGCAUUACCUCAAGCUCACGAUGCUGCAAACGAAUUAUUCGAAGGCAUUGCUGUGCUGAUCAGCUCACUGCCUGCUUUAGAAAAGUUGGUGAUUUCUGGCGAGGAAUUUGAGGCACCAACGGGAAUGUAUUUUCCGGACGAUUUCUUCCUAAACGUCAGCGUGACAGGAUUAAAAGCGUUGAGUCUGUGCAGCGUCAGGUUCUGGAAUCACAACGGCUUGGUGAAUUUGUCUAAGAAUCACAAGAACACCAUGAGAACGUUGGAAUUGGAGGAAGUGGGUCUGGAAACCGGCUCCUGGGAAGGAGCGAUAGUCGAUAUGAGACGUUGUUUGGAGCUCAAAGUAUGCUCUAUUGUUUCCCCUCUCGAGGUAUGGAUAAACGGGGACUACGCAGUCCUCGAUCAAUGUGGAAGGACAUUUGAGGCAUCACUCGCGUCAUUCUUGCUUAAGAAAUCAGACGAAAAUCCGUUCUUAAAGGAGGAAAUAGUCGGGUUUCAGGAGCACCAAGGCUCCAUUGCAGAGACCUUUCAUGAGUAAUACGUCUGAAUGCACUGGUUCAAUACUCAUAAACUAUCUUUGCUAGCCUGUAAUUCUUAUCGUUUGAAACCAUAACAUGGCACUGGAGGGAUGAUCAAUAAGACGCUUUGAUACAGUAUCUGUCGACCUUGUGCUUCUAAAGCACACCUGGUUAGGUCAUUGCGUUUGUUUCUUAACAGUGGUUGGGAAGUAGGUGUUUUACGGGGCAUUCGUGGCUAUCUGGAUAUAUCCAAGGCAAGACUUUGACUUGGAGGUCAAUAUCUCUUCAUCUUUCCCAAUUCUAUGAGGCGGACUCUUCAAGUGUCCUUGCAAAUCUGUUAUAUAGAGGUGCGAAAUUGGGAGCCUUGCUGAAACUAAUA